GAUUCGAUUCCAGAUGGGUGUCCUCCUGGGAACUUUGUCUUCAUAAAUGAUGCAGGAGAUACUGCCACAUGUGAUCCGUUCAAUCCACCGAAAUGCUCCUUGUCCAGAAGGUUUCACCUGCCAGUGGUCCACGGCAAAUCAAAGGGUUCCACCCUGUUAAUUCGCUUACAGAUAUCAGUGCUGCGGUUCGAAUCCUUCACCGCCAUCCGUCAGAAUGAUGGCUGUCCGAAUGCGCAGAUCGCCUUCCGAGAAAGAAGAAGUGUUCGAGUAUGCACAGCAGGCUCAUCGACUUGUCCUCCUGGUUACUUUUGUCAGUUCUCCACCCUUAAUCGUCAGUUCCAGUGCUGCGGAGUCAGUGGAGGAUGUCCGAAUGAUUCCGUGGCGUUUGUGGGUCUAUCCGGAGAACCCGAGAGAUGUGUGGCCGGACAGUCGAAAUGCCCCAUUGGGUUCGCCUGUCAGCGUUCUAUUGGAGGCCACCACAUCUGCUGCGCUUUGAAAGCAAGGUUAGCUUCCGUGCUGUGA